CAUGGCUUUCCUGGAGGAACGAAACCACACUACAGUGACAGAGUUCAUUUUACUGGGCCUGACAGAUGACCCAGUCCUUAAAGUCGUCCUCUUCACCAUCAUCCUGUGCAUCUACCUGGUGACCGUGUCUGGGAACCUCAGCACCGUCCUUCUCAUCAGAGUCUCUUCCCAGCUCCAUCAUCCCAUGUACUUUUUUCUCAGUCACUUGGCUUCUACUGACAUAGGCCUCUCAUCUUCUGUCACACCCAAUAUGCUUGUCAACUUCCUGGUCAGUCCUAGUACCAUCUCCUUCCUUGGAUGUGGCAUCCAGCUCAGUUUAGCUGAUUUCUUUGGGACAGUUGAAUGCUUCCUUCUGGCUGCCAUGGCUUAUGAUCGCUUCAUGGCAGUCAGCAACCCACUGCAUUAUUCAUCCAAAAUGUCCACACAAGUCUGUACCCAGCUGGUUGUGGGAUCGUAUACAGGGGGUUUUCUUAAUGCUUCCAUUGCUAUAGUGUACUUUUUCUCUUCUCUCUUCUGCAGACCAAAUAGAAUCAAUCACUUUUUCUGUGAUUAUGCUCCUUUGAUGGAACUCUCCUGUUCUGAUGUCAGUGUCUCUGCAGUUGUUACCUCAUUUUCAGCUGGGUCAGUUACUGUGAUCACAGUGUUUGUCAUAGUCAUCUCUUAUUCCUGUAUCCUCAUCACUGUCCUGAAGAUGCAUUCUACUGAGGGCCGCCAGAAGGCCUUCUCCACCUGCACCUCUCACCUUACUGCAGUCAUACUCUACUAUGGGACUAUCACCUUCAUCUAUGUGAUGCCUAAGUCCAGCUACUCCACAGACCAGAACAAGGUGGUGUCUGUGUUCUACAUGGUGGUAAUCCCCAUGUUGAACCCACUCAUCUACAGUCUCAGGAAUAAUGAGUUUAAGGAUGCACUAAAGAGAAAGCUUGGUAAGAAAAUAUUUUCAUAG